CUGCUUAUAUUUUUGCUGUUAGUUUGCCGUUACAACAUGCGUUUCUUAUCACAAAUACGCAAAGCAUCGACACAGGCGACGCGCCGGCGAGUGGUGGUUACGGGUAGCGGUGCCGUCACACCACUGGCCAAUAAUGUGCCCGAAUCGUGGCGGCGUUUAUUGGCCGGCGAAUCGGCCAUAACCAAGCUGGGCGCCGAAUUCAAAGGUCUGCCGUGUCAAGUGGCCGCUCAAAUACCAAAGGACCGCUUGCAGCUGGACAAACAUCUGAGCAAGAGCGACAUCAAACUAAUGAGUCCUGCCACACAGCUAGCAAUGAUGGCAGCGGACGAGGCACUGACGUCGGGAAAGCUGAAGCCAAGCGAACUUAGCGCCGAGCAGCGGGAACGCAUUGGCGUUUGUGUCGGCAUGGGCAUGUUCGAUCUGUCCGAGGUGUAUGGCGCAUUUCAACAGCUGCAGCGUGGCUACAAUCGUGUCAGCCCCUACUUUGUGCCACGACUGCUGCCCAACAUGGCAAGCGGGCACAUCAGCAUGCGCUAUGGUCUGCAGGGACCCAAUCAUUCGGUGUCGACGGCUUGUGCAACCGGCGCUCAUGCGAUUGGAGAUGCUUUGCGUUUCAUACGCAACGGCGAUGCGGAUGUGAUGCUGGCGGGCAGCGGGGAGGCGUGCAUAGAUCCCCUAUCAAUAGCCGGCUUUUGUAGGUUACGGGCCCUUAGCACUGCUUUCAAUGAUAGCCCGGCUCAGGCCUCGCGACCUUUUGAUAAGGCCCGUGACGGAUUCGUGAUGGGCGAAGGGGCCGCCUUACUGCUUCUGGAAGAGCUGGAGCAUGCGAAAGCGCGUGGAGCACCCAUACUGGCUGAGAUACUGGGCUAUGGACUGUCCGGUGAUGCACAUCACAUUACUUCACCCAGCGAGGAUGGCACUGGCGCCACUCUGGCCAUGCAACGUGCCAUUAAGGAUGCCGGCGUGACGCCGCAGGAUAUCAGCUAUGUCAAUGCGCAUGCCACAUCCACGCCCACCGGCGAUCGCAUUGAGGCUCAUGCCAUUGGACGCGUCUUCGGUGAGCAUAAGUCACAGGUUCUUGUCUCCUCAACAAAAGGUGCACAUGGCCAUCUGCUUGGUUCAUCCGGCAAUUUGGAAGCACUGUUUGUGGUGCACGCCUGUGCCGAAAACAAAUUGCCGCCUUCGAUCAAUGUGGAUCAAGUGGAUGUGGAUAUUAAUGUUGUGCAGAAGACGUGCAAUUGGGAAGCGAAUCAGUCCGGACGCAUCGCCCUAAAGAAUUCCUUUGGCUUUGGUGGCACCAACGCAUCGCUCUGCAUUGCCAGCUACACUGGCAAUUAAAGUCACAAAUUGUUAAAUAGUAAUUGUUGAAUGUGAAUAAAUAUGUUGAUUCUUU